CUCAGGAGUCCUAGGAGUCAGCCGGGUCCCAUCCCUUUGGAGUAGCUGCUUCAAACUAGGAAGCUCCCAGCUCUUGUGGUCAAAGGCUCCAUGGAGGAAAGAGCUGGUCAGCAAGAGCAGGAGAGACACAACCUUCGUCUGGAAAAGCUACAGCACUGGGCAAGGCACAGGAAGAGUGGGCACCUCUUGGUGCUGGCGGUAAGCCAAUUAUGGCUGGCAGUAGCUGUGGUGCCCUUUGCUGUCUCAGUUGCCUGCCUGAACUCUGCUUGUCACAUGGCCACAGCACUGCCUCUUGGGCCAGGAGCCUCAGGUCUCCUCACUGGGACUAUCACCCUUGAACUUCGCAGAGCUCCCCGCCUCUGGAAGGUCCAGGCUAUGAUGUCACUCAACACCUUCAACGUGAUCUUGGGUUUCAUCGUGGUGGUGGUCGAGGUGAUGAAGACAGCCUUGGGGCCUGCCCUGACUACAUCCUCCCAGUUGGCUGGCUUGCUGGUGCUGGAGCUUAGUGCUGAGGCCUUCACCCUAGUGGGAGUGUUGCUCUCAGUGCAUGCCCUAUUCCUGCUGAGCCAGAGGAAGCCCGGAUGCUGCAGGAGCCAGAGUCUGCACUACCAGGAGCUGCAGGAGGGCCUCUCUGAGUUGGAGGAGGUUCCCAGUUUGGAGAGUGGUUCCAUGGCCAGCACAGGAAACUGAACAAGUGAGAGAGCAGCCAAGGGAGAGCAGACAGGUUCUGCUCUCCUCCUACCCUGAGGGACCCCUCUCUUGACGAUCCUGCACCCCACUCUACCGAAGUCAGAAGCUA